AAUAUCAAUAAAGUGAUCUGAGAAAAUAUUUUACUCCGCAUAUGAAUAAUUCAAAAUGCUGGCCAAAAAUUCAGUUUCAAAAUUACAUUGAUACAUGUAAUUAAUUCCAAAAAAAGCUAAAGAGUUGGUUGCAUCAAGCGGAUAAAAUUGCUGCGUACUUUGUGAAUUCAUGCAGCCAAUAUCCAAACAUUAGUACCAUUGUUACAUCGAUUUUUAGUACGAAAUACAACACGAAUGACAUUUCAACCAAAAUUGUUUAUAUGUGUCAUUGCGGCUUGACUAUUUGCUUCACCGUCGAAACACAAUCACUCUAAUAGUCGAUUUAAGUUAUAUUCCAAAAAUUGAUUUGAUUUAAAAAUCUUAAAUAUCAUCAGAUUGAACUGAAUUUUGUUCUAUUUCAUAAGCUGUAAAGAUGUUUCUUACUCGUUCGGAAUACGAUCGUGGUGUCAACACAUUUUCACCAGAAGGGCGUCUAUUCCAAGUCGAAUAUGCCAUAGAGGCAAUCAAAUUGGGAUCAACAGCGAUCGGCAUUCGCACGCCUGAAGGAGUCGUUAUGGCUGUAGAGAAGCGAAUCACAUCUCCACUCAUGGAACCAUCAACGGUUGAGAAAAUCGUCGAAGUAGAUCGGCACAUCGGGUGUGCAACAUCAGGAUUGAUGGCUGACGCAAGAACAUUGAUUGAUCGUGCCCGUGUUGAAUGCCAGAAUCAUUGGUUCGUCUAUAACGAACGUAUGUCGGUCGAGUCAUGCGCCCAAGCAGUAUCAACCUUAGCCAUUCAAUUUGGUGACAGUGCCGAUGGUGGUUCAGCCAUGAGUCGGCCGUUUGGUGUGGCUAUUCUAUUCGCUGGCGUUGAAAAUCGCUGGCGAUCCGCAGCUUUGACACAUAGAUCCAUCGGGAACAUAUAUUCGCUAUGAAAAUUUUAAAUUCUUUCUCGCUUUCUAUAGGACGAUUGUAUAUUUGUCGAUGAUUUAUGCUCUGGGCACCGUGGUGCUAACACUAGGAGCCGUGCCCACAUUAAAUCUUCCUACAAAUCAAGUGACUGUGCUGGGUUUGCUGUUAAUUGCCAUGAGCACGGGUGGUACAAAACCGAAUGUGUCGGCAUUUGGUGGUGAUCAAUUCAAAUUGCAAGAGCAAGCGAAGCAUUUAGCCACCUUCUUCUCGUUAAUAACGAGUCGUUAUUCUAUCUGUCAAUCAAUUUUGGAUCCAUGAUUUCGACAUUAUUGACGCCGAUAUUGCGUGAGAACUUGCACUGCUUUGGCGAGCUCAGCUGCUAUUCGCUCGCAUUCGGCGUGCCGGGAGCAUUGAUGGUCAUUUCGAUUCGUAAGUUUGCUUCACUUUCAUUUCCCGAACACGCACGAACGUUUCGAAAGUAAUUUUAAUGAAAUUCUUCAUUUGUUCUAUUUAUCCGCACAGUAAUUUAUGUGAUUGGCAAGCCGUUUUAUGUGCUGAUCCCGC